AUGAGCAGCAACAAUGGCAACGAUCAUUCGCAACAGCAGCCGGUCACAUCAGUUGCAUCCACAGCUGCAGCAGCAACAACCACUGCCAAUUCGGAGGCUAAUGCAGCUGGAUCCGGAUCCGGAUCACAGACAUCGCGACCUGCAACGGCGCCAGCAUGCCCCAGCAGCAGCAACAAUAACAACAACAAUAAUGCCACCAGCAGCACCAGCUUCUACAGGGUCAACCUGAGCAACACGCACAGCAGCAGCAUCAACAACAACACCAGCUGCAGCAGCAACAACAAUCACCAUGAGAGCAACAGCCACAGCACAUUGGUGGUCAACACCAGCAGCACUGCAACUGCAGGAGCAGCAGCAGGAGCAGGAGCAACUGCAUCAUCGGCCAGCGCCAACAACAAUCACAUCUAUGUGAAUCCGCACAGCUACGACAGCAGCACCACCGGCAGCGCGAGUGGCUCCACGGCAGUGAUGCUGCCACUGCCACUGCCACUAAGUCUGCCGCUCAACCUGCCACAUCAGCCAUCAGCAGCAGCUGCAGCGGGAUCAGGAUCAGGAUCGGGAUCAGGAUCGGGAGCCACAGGAGCAGCAUCAGUCGACGCGCAGCAGCCACUUGCGUUGGGCGGCAGCAAUACGGGUGCCAUAAGUCGCAUUGGAACGCUGACCGGAACGGGCACCUCCACAUCCACCACCCUCAGCACCCUGAAUACAUAUCUGUUUCCCUGUGGCGCCGACUCCGCCAGCAGCUGCGAUCUGGACAGCAACUUCAGCCAGAUGCUGGGCGCCGGCAGCGAGGGUGGCUGCAGCAGUUCCCUCAGCCAGACGACGGCGCCUGCGGUUGCGGGUGCAGGAUUGGGAUUGGGCGUGCAGCUGGGACUGGGCUUCAUCAACAGUCGGCGGCGCAUCAGGCGGCUGUUCGGUGUGGGAGAUAUGGUGCCGCCGGUGGCCACGCCCACGCCGUAUGCAGCCGCCCUCCGACGGCGCAGUUCGCAGCUGGUGCAAAUGACCAAGAAGCGGGAGAAGGAACUGGAGGAUCUGGAGCAGCAGCAGAGAAUAGCCACGGUGGCAUCGGCAAAUGCCGCCUUCCUCGAGCGCCGCGAGCAGCAGCAGCAGCAGCAACAACAUCUGCAACCACAUCUGCAACAGACGCAGCAGCAGCAGCAGCAGCAGCAGCAACAUCUGCAGUUCGCCUUCAAUCCCUUGCAACCGGAGGCGGGGAAAAAGAAGAAAAAAAAGCCACCUGGACCGCCGGCGCACACGAGACAGCAAUCGUCGCGCACCAUGGACGAUCCCAUGAUGAAUCGACCCAGGAAGAGCACACCAGUGGCCGGCAAGAAGAAGGACAAGGGACCGGAGAACCCCUAUGAGAAGUACCCAUCACCACCAAAAAUCCAAAAGCACCCACCGCUCUUAAGCCUCACCUAUACCAAAACCAAAAAAAUCGAAAUGAGAAAAACAAUUAUCAAAAUAUUUCUGAAAAUUAUGCGGCAAAACAAGUGCUUCUAUUACCAUUUGAUUUACGCCAUUUGCUGCCAUUCGUUUGAUUUUCUUGCUUGUAACGAUUUGAAUAAAACGAUUAAGAUUACCUGCAAAUACAUAGUAUUUUAA